UCCAAAUAAUCGUGAACGCGCGAGCAUCAGACCGUAUAUAUAGCAGUAAUUUUAAUUCGCUAUAGCAAAAACUAACGAACUCACAUUUCAGUGUCAAUACAUUUGCUUAUAGAGCUUAUUUAGCCAUCUAUAUUAUUAAAAACAAAGUGACAAGUUACCGUUAAUCUUGAAAACAUAUAUCGUUUAUAUUACUUCGGCCUGAGUGUGCGGUGCGCAUACUUCAGCGAAUGAUAAAUCGCGCUAAGUGGCUGUCAACACGCUCCAAGAAAGCCCGCUGGCAAUGUAAAAAUCGACGAACUCCACGCGGAGUGGAAAAAUUUGAUCUGUGCGAAGAAUCUUCUAAUUACUCGACAAGUAUAAAGUCGAGCAACUACGCUGACACGAUUCAAUUGACCCGAAAGCCAAGUGGUGUGUUUCAACUCAACACAAGCGUUGUAUUUCACGUCGAACUGGCUGUAACAGCAUUUUGGAAAGCUUUUGCAACAGAAAGGCCAGCAAAAUGUCGCAGCCACUCAUCGUCCAAGCGGAGUACUCCUUUAAGGGCGGCAAUAAUGACGAAUUGUGCUUUAAAAAAGGCGACCUCAUCACAGUCACUCAGCGCGAGGAGGGCGGCUGGUGGGAGGGCACACUCAACGAUAAGACUGGCUGGUUUCCCAGCAACUAUGUUAACGAAUACAAGGCACCAUUGCCGCUCACAGAAACGAUACGACCACCAGAGGAGAUACAGGAGUACCGUUCGGUUGUGCUAAAAGAUCUGCUCGACUCUGAACGGGCACAUGUUGCCGAGGUGCAAGGUCUCCUCGAGAAUUUUCUCGAACCACUACAGCAGGCGCAAAUCCUCACCGCGGAUGAAUACGCCCAGUUGAUGUGUAAUUUCGUAGAAGUCGUUAAAACACACGAAGAACUACUCAAACAGAUGGAAGAGUGCAAUGAUCGGGUUGGUAAAUUAUUUCUAACAAAGGCACCUCACAUGAAACUGGUGCAUCAAGCCUACUGUGCCGCCCACCCGAAGGCCAUUGUCAUACUCGAUAAGCACAAAGAUAACUUGGAGAAGUAUAUGGAGCGACAAGGAGCUGCUUCGCCUGGUCUGUUGGUUUUAACAACGGGUCUCUCGAAACCUUUCCGCCGGCUAGAUAAAUAUUCUGCCAUGCUUCAAGAACUCGAGCGACAUAUGGAGAGCAGUCAUCCAGAUCGAGGUGACACACAACGAAGUGUUGCUGUAUACAAAGAUAUUGCGGCGGCAUGUUCUGCUACGAGGCGACAGAAGGAACUCGAGCUACAGGUGUUAACCGGGCCAGUACGCGGUUGGCAGGGACAAGAGCUUAGCACUUUAGGUGACAUAAUACACAUGGGCAGCGUUGCUGUCGGGCCGGAUCACAGAGACCGGUACUUUGUGCUUUUCCCACAAACCUUGCUGAUACUCAGUGUUAGUCAAAGGAUGAGUGCCUUUAUUUAUGAGGGGAAACUGCCUCUAACGGGUAUCAUUGUGAACCGUCUCGAAGAUAGUGACACUGUGAAGAAUGCCUUUGAAAUUAAUGGACCCUUAAUUGAGCGUAUCGUUGCUGUGUGCCAAGGUCCCAACGAGGCGAAUAGAUGGGUUGAGCUCUUAACUUCUGCAAAUCCAACUAUGCCAAUUGGAAUCAAACGGCAGCUAAGCAAUCUUAGCAAUAAAUCGAUGAGCGGCGGUAGUAGUGGGCAUGCACCGCAACCUCCACCACAUAUGUCUCCACCGGCGAACCUCGGCAUGCUGGGGGCGCAACGCACAAACUCGCAAAGCUCAGCGGCGCCAGCAACGUCAAUGGGCACGUCCUUGUCGCAUCCGUCACAACACAAACGGAGCCUGUCGUUCAACCACCACCUCAGCUACAAUCAAUACACACACACUCAGCCUCCACCACCUCAUCAUCAUCUUCCACCACCACAACCAAAUCCACAAAAUCAUCCGGUGGCACCAAACCACAAAUCAAGUUUAGCCCCGACAUCGAGCAAUUUUUCAAAGAGCCAAUACCAAGCAGCAGUGGGGGGAAGCACAAACGCAAAGAUAGGAAACACAAGAGCUAAUUGGAGUAUAACGAAUCUUCGUCCAGCUCCGCCACUGCGUCCCAAUUUACUGAAUGCGACGGCGCAAAGCGGCAGUGGCGUCACCAGUGGCAGCGGUAGCGCCAAUGCGUUGGCCAGCUACUGCAGCGGUCGACGUACGCAGCCAACUUUCGAGGAGGAUGUGCUGGUUUUGAGAGUUUUUGAAGGCUAUUGUGCUGCCUACCAGAACACUACACGCAACACUAUACAUUCGGCACUGCAACCGUGGACGCCCUGCUUGCCGAUACGCGGCGGAAAGCUGCAGACCAGCAAAACCUUUUCUACAUCAAAUCCACAACUGCCACACCUGUGCAAUACAGGCGUUCCAUUUCCGGGUAAUAGCGGCGCGUCUAACCAACAAAAUUCCACAAACAGCCUGAAUUCCUCGUACAUUUGGCGCGAGGCGAGUCCAAACUAUUUCAAUUUAUAUUCUAGUUCAGUUUCAUCGUUGAAUGCAACAACAACAGCAGUAACCGGCGGCGUGAAUACCGGUGGCUAUCGCUAUUCACUUUCUGGAGCCACCACAAAUGCCGGCAGUGGCCCUUCUAGUCUGCCAAUAUACGAACGUGCACUCUCAGAGGAGCGCGCAACCCGCAAAUCACUCAAUCGCAUGAAGAGCGGUUUUGGUUCGGGAUAUGACAAUAUUUUUAUGACACCACUGUUGCCACGUAAGAAUAAACCAUCUCCUAAGCUCGUGAAAAAUAGCUACCAAACCCACCAGCGGUCUCCACCGCCUUCGUCUACAUCGUUGCGCAAUCGUAGCGAUUCGGAACGGCUCGAUUUAACACCUCUGACGAUUACGGAACAGGAGCCGACAACGCAGCGACAGUUACAAAAGCAACAGCGUCCACCAGCGCCAGGUCUUUACGACCGCCGCCUCAAUCGUUCUUUUGAGACAACGGUUUCCCAUCGUUACGCCGGUUACGGCGGCGGAUACAUAAUGUCUGGCUACGGCCCGUCCACCGGCUAUAAGAUGACACCACUGCGACGCAGCACACCGCAACUAGCCGGCGGUGAAGAUGUGGUGGACAACGGACGAGACAGCGACGACGUCGAGGACGGACCACGCGGCUGUAGCGCUGCACUGUUGCGCAACGGCAGUAGCGUGGGAAAUUGCGCAGCCGGCGAUCAUGAGGCAAACACCAGCACAGACGGCGACAGUCAGCGUCACUCGGGCAGCUGGUGUUGCGGUAAUUUUGUUAUGAAGCAAUGGCGUAAAAUGAACAAUUAUUGAUUGUUAAGUGGCUGCAUAGAGACGCUUAAUGCACGCUUGCUGACAGCGUGUUUACUAGCGCUGCCAGUGUUGCCAUACCGCUGCUGCUCAUUUCUAAUUUGCUGCAUUUUGCGUGCUGCUUCUCUUGUGCUAAGCCACAGCCAUUAGUUAAUAAAUUUUUUGUUGUGCAAACGCUGCAGUUAAAUUAGCUAAAUGUGUAUGUAGUGGAUAAGUCAGAUUUUGUAUACAUAUGUCCUAGUAUUAGUUGUAGGCAUACCAAUCGGUGAUAGAGGCUUCGCGCAUGCGCAGAAAGGAAGUAAAAAUUUGUAUUGACUUUUUUUGAUACAAAGUUGAAUUUAGCGAUAAUGUUUGAUACAUUUAAACAAAAAUAUAUAUAUUUUUUAUUAUAUUGACCAUUAAGAAAAUCGGGCCAUCGCAAUAGCUUUAUUUUUGCUUAUAUUUAUUCACAUAUUUUAAUAUUCAAACAAUUUGGUUUUGUAAAUAUUCAAGUUUAAAGUUGCUAUCCAUUUUUUUUUUACAUUUAUGAAAUGUUUGUACGUUCUUCUAUGCCUUACAUAAUAUAUGACCUUUAUAAUAAGUACACUUAGUUUAUAAAUAAUAUUUUUAUACUAUUAAAAUCUAUUAUACAUAUUUAUGUAUGUUUGUAUACUUGGAGCAGUUGUUACUCAUAUUAUUACGUAUGAAGAGAAGCAAUUCGAACUUUUGACAAUGCCGGAGUCAGUCUUAACAAAUUAUAUGAUUCAUUCUUGUACAUAGUUACUAGGGUGGAGCGAAAAAAAAAAUUAUUUUUUUGCUUAGCCUGAGGAUAAAAUUUGUAGAUUAUAAAAAAAAAAUAUUUAUGGUAAAAAAAAAAAUUUAGAGGCGGCUCACUCAGUUUUAAAGUAAAUUUUCGAGUUAAAAUUUUUAUUUCGUAAAAAAUGUUUGAUAAGUGUUCUAGAAGAGAGUACUCUUUAUAGCCAACAAGCUAUCAACUUAAAAAAAAUUUUUGUGGCCAUUAUUGGAGUUUUAAAAAAAAGUCUUACACGACAACAUGCUUUCCUUAAGCGUUAAAAUAAGUUUUGAGUCGAAAACCGUCACAUUCGGUAAUUUUUAUAUAAAUGGAAAGAGUUUAAACCAAAAAAAAGUUUUUCUUGUCCAAAAGAAAUUGUUUUUUUUUACCCUCAGGCUAAGCAAAAAAAAAAUUUGUUUCGCUCCACCCUAAUAGUUACUAUUUAUAUUUCUUCGAUAACCGAAGAUUUUUAAUUAAAUUAAUUCAUUAAAUGAAAUUAGAAGCUCAGUUAGGUUACUAAAACCGUUCACCGAAACAUCCCAGUUUUAGUGAAAUUGAAAACUAAAAAAAUCGUAUUUUUUUUUUGCAUUAAAUUAUGUUGAAAGUGCAAAAGAAAGUAAUUUUCCGCUCUCUGCUGAACUUAAACGCCCCCAUGAAUAAAUGUGAAAAAUUAGUAAAAUGCAUUUCUAGCCAAAUAACUACGUUUUAUAGCCACACUGAGACUGUAUGAACAAUUGUACAAUACGUAGCAUGAUAAUUGAAUGUAACCGUUAAUUCUAAAUGCUAUACACAUUGCUUGCCGUUUGCCAUAAGCGACCUGUACGCAGUUGCCACAUUCUAACAUAAUUCGUUUUUCCGCAUCUGAGCAACUCAAAGGCAACGAUUUAAUACUUUAUUGAGAUGAUUGACUUUCAAAAUGUUUUAUUGAUAUAUAACAGAUAGCGCACACGCAGCAGUAUAUGCUCUGUAUGACAGGCAAGCAGCUGUGCAAUAUUUCUCCGAACAUUAAAAAAUUAUAGAAAAUUAAAUGCCUCAACAAGCGGCGGAAUGUCUGUUCUUAAUAAAAUAUCAUCUUCAAGUGUACUUUCCUUAGUCAUUUUUUCUGUUAAUCACAUUUUGUUGUAUUUAUUAUAAUUUUUUUUUAGAAAAUUUUAUUACUAACUUCUACCAAAGAAUUAAAACGAAUCAAAGAAGAGGUUUAUUACUUUUAAGUCUUGUGUCGCCCAGGAACUGAGCGAAAACAUGAAUACAAUAUUAAUGUAUUUUGGAUAAUUUGACAGAUAAAAUUUGAAAACUAAACAAUAUAUAAUAUUGAAAUCGUGUAUGCUUUAAAUGUUAUUGCAGUGAAAAUUAUGUAUAUGCGUAUUUAAAUUUGUAUGUAUUUAAUACAAAAAGCAAAUAUAUGUACAAUCGAAAUGUAAUUGCUAAACUUUAAGUUAGCCAGGAGUCUUUUAAGUAACUAAUACUAAGUCAUCAUGAACCAGUGUGUGAGGUUUUACAUUGAAAUUAAUACUAAAACAAAAAAGAAAAACAAUAAUAAAUCAAUAAUACAAACUGAA